ACAUCAUUGCUUUAUGAUGGUUGACCGUGUGGGAUUCGCAAGUUUUCUUGCGUUUUCCAUGUAUUCUGAAAAGUUGAUGGCAAUGAUGGGUCAAUGAUGGUGGCAGGUUGGCAGGGUCAAUGAUGAAGAUUGGUGUCGCAAGUUUACCUGCGAAUUCAGAUGCUUUUCAGGUGGCAGUACUGACAUGGAGGGAAAGGAAUGACUAAUAUUGAAUUCUCGAUUUUUUUUGCGAAUCCAGGAUAUACAAAAUGACAAAAUAAGCGAGAUUGACUGGAUUCUCAAUUUUUUUUGCGAAUUCAAAACACUAUAAGUUCAAAACUUGGAACUCCUGAGUCUCAUAACUUUCUUCUACGAAAAAUACACUUGAAUAUUUUCAAAACUUCAAUCUCCUGCAUUUCAUAACGUUUCUGUAACGAAAAAAACCUUUGCAAUGGAUCAAGUUAUUACUUUUGUGUAUUACGAUGGUAGGGUUGUCCAUGGCGACCAAGGUGCCAUAUUUCGAAGGUCGGAGAAGGUCCAUGCAUCUGAAGCGCAACAUUACCUUCGACCGUUUGAAGAAGAAAAUCCACAAAAGGUUGAACCUGCAAAGGAACCAGAUGAUUUCUAGAGUCAGCUCUAGAUUUAUGACGACACCGAAUCCCAUUUUUUUUACGCAUUUUGAGAUAGUUGAUAAUGUUGAUGUGCAAGUCAUGAUGGAUGCAUUUAGUCAGCAGUCAUAUAUGGUUCAGCUGGAGCUGUAUGUUGAAGUUACUGAAGCUGGAAGUUCAUCAAUGUCAGUGCCGACGUAUCUGUCGUCUACUCAACCGAGACCCACUGAAGACGGUGGUAGACAUGUUGUUGAUGAGGAGGUUCUUGGAGAACCAUAUACUAUGCCUUUUAGCGUUAUGAGUAUUGAAGAGGCCAAUAUCGUCGUUCCUUUGGAUGUCGCAGUUAAUUUGGGCGAUGAUUAUGACUACCGCCUUGACAAUGAUAAUGUGGACGGUGAAGUCAUUCCUUCAGACGAUGACCACAAUGAAGAUGAAAGAAUGCAAGAAGGAGGUGACGAGUCUGACACAGGCGAAGAGGGAAACCGACACUCUAAUCCUCAGUCUCAUAUGACACCUCAUCCUGCUGAUCAACCCGCGGCACCAGUGAAUUAAUGUCAAUGUUGAAACUCAAGGCCACCCAAACACGGCCCCAUUCUGGAGUGCUUCUUCGCAUUAUACAUAUAUUAACUGGGAUCACCCAGAUGAAGAAACUGAUUUUUAUUCUGAAACGGAUGUGAAUGGAUCAUGGAAGCUUGGUGAUGACUUAUGUAAAGGUUUGGUUUUUGAAAACAAACGUGUUGUACAGGAUGCCCUGUUACACUAUUGUCUUAGACUAAAUCAAACUUAUAAGAUGAGUGAAUCCAAGCCAGAGUACUUUACUGCAAAGUGUCAGAAAUCCGUAGAUGGCUGCCCGCGGAGGAUAAGGGCACAUCUAUCCAAGAGAAUUGGUAAAUGGACCAUAUCCAAAUGGGGGGAUUCGCAUACGUGCUUAAAUGCGAUGACUUCUCAAGACCACAAGAAGAUGACGUCAACCUUCAUGUCCAACUACAUUCUUGGCAUGGUAAGUGCCCAACCAACUAUCCCUAUUUCCCUCAUACAAGAGAGGAUAAGUGGUCAGCUCAAUUACAAGGUGUCAUACUUUAAAGCUUGGAAGGCGAAGCAAAAAGCACUUGCUCGCGUGUUCGGUGAUUGGGAGGAGUCUUACGACCUGCUCCCUAGGUGGUUGGAAUAUAUGCUGAGAUUUUCCCCUGGAUCCCAUUACGAGUUUGUCACAACUGACUAUAAGGACCAGUAUGACAAUGUUGUUCCUGAUUUCAAGAAAUUUGGUCGAGUGUUUUGGACGUACAAACAAUGUUGUGACGCAUUCAACUAUUGCAAGCCAAUGAUACAAAUUGAUGGCACAUUCCUCUACGGAAAAUAUAGUGGAACUUUGCUUAUUGCCACGACACAGGACGGGAACAGUAAUGUGUUGCCUUUAGCUUUUGCAAUUGUGGAGGGAGAAACACUCGGUGCUUGGACGUGGUUUCUUCGUCUGAUGCGUGUGCAUGUCACCAGGAAACAAGGGAUAUGUCUAAUAUCAGACAGACACGCCAGCAUUCUCUCAGCAGAGGGGAAUCCGUCUAACGGGUGGCAGCCACCAAACGCUUAUCAUGUGUAUUGCAUUCGCCACGUUGCCAGCAAUUUCAACACCAGGUUUCACAACACAGAGCAAAAAAAUGAACUGAUAAAUAUGGCUUACGAGCCUUGCCCAUAUCUUUUCGAGCAACGCUUAGCGGCUUUUCGAGGGCACAACACAGCUGUCCGGCAAUGGAUAAAUGACAUCAGCAAUGAGAAAUGGAGCCGAGCUUGUGAUGUGGAAGGUCGUAGAUAUGGCCACAUGACCACGAACUUAUCUGAGGCUGUGAACAAAGUGUUCAGGGGUGCUAGAAACUUGCCUAUCACUGCAGCAGCAGCACAACAAAGAGUCGGCGACAUAUAUUGUAACAAGGUCAUGGAGGCCAUGACAAAGAAUGCGACGAUUGCCCAGUCUCACAUUGUGCGGACGUAUAGCAUAGAUAGGUCCAGGUUCGAAGUAGAGGAGGGAUUCAACCAGCAGAACCAUCGCAGUGGUUAUACGUGGCGACUGAACUUAGAUGAAAGAACUUGCGAAUUUGGACGCUUCCAGACAUUCAAAUAUCCUUGUUCACAUGUGAUCGCCGCGUGCGCCAACCAGAGUUUAGACUAUCUUCAAUAUGUGGACCCUGUUUAUACGAUUCAGAACAUUGUGGAUGCGUAUUCAGGGCAGUGGUACCCCAUUGGGAAUGAUCUGAACAUGCCGCCCAGAGCUGGGCCUAGAAUUGCUCCAGAUCCUGCCAAAAUACGGAAGAAGGGUCGUCCAAGGUCUACCCGUAUAAGAAAUGAGAUGGACUUGAGGGAGACUCAAUCUCAGCCGAGUCGGAGAUCGGUGUCACUACAAAGAUAAAUAUGUUGCUUUAAUUGUGCAAGCUCUUAAAUUAAUCACCGUGUGUAAGCUUGAAGUGUAGUCCAAAUGCAUGUAAGAAAUAAUUAUGUUAGAGCUUAAACAUUGGCUCAUUACUAUUGUUUCUAACUUAAUAUGAAUUGGAUGCUAGUACAUAUCAAAACAAGAAG